AUGGUAUCGGUCCCUGAGUUGCAAUUCCUCAAGAAUAAUCGUGUGGUGUCUGACGAUUUGCUUGCACAAGUUCGUUCGAUGAACUCAGUCGGGAUAAAGACUUCUCAAAUUAUGUCCCAUAUUGCUAUGCAAUCAGGAGGUUAUGAGAGAAUGCCAUGUCAAGUCAGAGAUGUGUACAAUAGAGUAGCAGGAGCAAUUAGGGAAGAAAAACUGGAAACUAAUGCGGAAGGUGCAUUAGGAUUCUUGGAUUGUCUUUCUGUGCGAGAUCCAAACUUUUUUGUGUACCACCAAGCUGACACAGAAAACAGACUCGCCAAUGUAUUCUGGGCUGACGAAACUGCAAGAAUUGACUACCGAGCAUUCGGGGAUGUGAUAGCAUUUGACACAACGUACAUGACCAACACGUACAACAAGCCAUUGUGCAUUUUGAUGGGUGUCAACCACCAUUUCUCAACUUGUAUUUUUGGGUUUGCGUUGCUCAUAAAUGAAAAAAUGGAGACUUACUCAUGGAUGCUAAGAGCAUUCUUAGAAUGUCACCAUAAAAAAAAAACGUUCAGUCGUGGUCACUGA